CGCCGGCAGCCAAUGGAGCGGACCGGUGGUUCGGCGGGUUUUGGGCGAGGAGACGGAGCAACUUUGGCACCACCGAAAUAUUUCCAAAGCAAGCGAGACGCGCGGCCAUGUUUCAGUUUCGGUAGCGUGUGUCGUUAGCCCGAAACAAAAACACUACCGAUGGGCCUGCUUCAACCCGACGCCAUGUAGUGUUCUUGAAGCCUGUGCCUUCGGAGUUCUCCCGGUCGUGCACCCAGCGGCUGCCAUCGCCUGGGAAACGCGGCUGUGAUGCGGCCCCGAAACGUCUCACUAGGCCUAGUAGCGCUGGCAGCGCUGCUGGCACCCGGCCUCGGCCAGGUGGUAAGCUCGCGCGUGUCCGAGCACCGCUCUAUUCCCCAUCAUGGACGUUGUGAACCGAUCACUAUACCGCUGUGCAAAGACAUUCAGUACAACGAGACCAUCAUGCCAAACUUGCUUAAUCACCAGAAGCAAGAAGAUGCCGGCAUGGAAGUGCACCAGUUCUUUCCAUUGGUCAAGGUCAAGUGUUCGCCGGACUUGCAGUUUUUUCUCUGCUCAAUGUACGCGCCGGUGUGCACGAUCUUGGAGUAUCCUAUCCCGCCGUGUCGUUCGCUGUGCAUGUCAGCGCGCGAAGGCUGCGAACACUUGAUGAACAAGUUUGGCUUCAAGUGGCCGGAGUCCCUUGAGUGUGACAAGUUUCCAGAAGUCGGCACAUCGGAAAAGCUUUGUGUCGGCGAAAAUGUAACUGAGCAUCGAAUCAACCACACUCCUACUUCACCAAAUUCGACGGGACUGCUUGUGAAUCAUGGCUUUCUCUGCCCGCGCGAGUUUCGUGUGCCCCUUGGUUUGGACUACGUGUUCCGUAUUCGUGGUAAAGAAGAAAAGAACUGCGGGAUGCCAUGCCACCACAUGUUUUUCAGAGGCGAAAACCUCAAGUUUUCGCGCUACUGGAUUGGUGCCUGGGCAAUACAGUGCAUGGUGUCCACUCUGUUCACUGUAUUGACAUUCCUAAUCGACAUGCAGCGGUUCCGCUACCCAGAGCGGCCCAUCAUUUUCCUAUCCUUUUGUAACCUGAUGGUGUCGUCUACCUAUUUCGCGGGCUUUGUGCUGGGUGACCAAGUGGCCUGUAACGAGCCUUUCGAAGUGCCGGGUGGACACAGUAACAUUGAAAUGGUUCGCACGAUUACGCAGAACAACAAGAAGGAAGCCUGCACUGUGAUGUUUAUGGUGCUUUACUUCUUCAGCAUGGCCGGUUCGAUCUGGUGGGUUGUCCUGACACUCACCUGGUUCUUGGCAGCGGGGCUCAAGUGGGGUCAUGAGGCAAUUGAGAGCAACUCGCAGUAUUUUCAUCUCGCUGCUUGGACUAUACCUGCUGUAAAGACUAUUACGAUCCUUGCCAUGGGCAAAGUUGAAGGGGACGUGCUCAGUGGAGUCUGCUAUGUCGGUCUCUGGAACAUGGAUGCCUUGCGUGGCUUCGUUCUCGCACCGCUGUUCGUUUAUCUUGCCCUGGGCAAGGUAUUCCUUAUGGCUGGCUUCAUAUCCCUCUGCCAUAUCCGCACUGUGAUGAAACACGACGGCACCAAGACAGACAAGCUGGAGAAGUUGAUGGUCCGUAUCGGCAUCUUUUCGUUCUUGUACACUUUGCCAGCACUAACAGUGCUGUGCUGCUACUUUUACGAGCAAGCUCACUUUGACGACUGGAUGCUCGCCUGGCACUGGCAAGUGAACGCAGAACAACGUUGGAGCAUACCGUGCCCAGAACCAUCGUGCAACCGCCGCGAUCGUACACUGCGCCGGCCAGAGUUCUACGUCUUCAUGAUCAAGUACCUGGGCAUUCUCAUCGUGGGCAUCACAUCGGGUGUCUGGAUAUGGUCAGGAAAGACAUUCGCAUCGUGGAGAAACUUUUACGCCCGCUUGCAGAACUUGACAUCGACGCCAGCAAGGCGCAGGGCAGAGGCGUACGUUUGACCAGCUGUCUCUGCUGCCAUCUACUCAGGAAUUGCGCGUGCGAGCGCAUUAACGGUAGGCCUGAUUUAUUUCGCCGUGCCAACGGAAGCGGCCGACAUUGUCACUUUAUACAAGUGACGCUGUCGUUUUGCGAAGAGUGGAGAAGGUGGUAUACCGGUCGUACAGGGUGUACUGUCCGCUUGGCGGAUGCACCCUGUGACUAAUGUCGCCUGCGCGAAUCAUGAGCACUCGCGCAGGCGAUAUUGGUCAGGUUCAUUGAUGCGGCUGCCAUAAAUGCACAAUUGCAUUCGCCAUGACCGUCAUCAGUAACUUGCAGUGGACUUGUGGUAAAUUUGAUCUUUCUCAUGUGCCACUUAGACCCAGCCAGGAGGGUAAACAAAUAGCGAUGCCCCGUAAGCGCCUGAUUAUCCCUUUAUAUCUGCACAGGGUUUCCAGCAGAGUUACCUUCAGCAUAAAUUAUACCAUCUCUCAUUGACAAUUACAGACAAGCCACAUGUGAGGAAGGAGACUGAAGCGCUGCAUGUAGAAGCAGUGCAAAAAUAUUGGGACACAUUUUUAAAAUGGGAAUGUGCUAAAGAUAUUAAAAAUGUCAUUAGCUGAUGGUUCAUUUUUUCAUUGUAAUUUAUAUAUACACUGAUUCCUAUUGUGCCGUUAUGCUUUAUGCUGCAAUGGCAGCUGAAGUGACACACUGUUGUCAUUAGUGCAGCUAUUGGUACUCUGCCCUGCAGUAGGUGGUCAAAGACGCCCAUAAUUUGAUUACAUGCACAAGUUGUUGUACAUAAAGUGUCAGGAUGAUCAACAAAUUGGACGACACACUGGGCAGAGCACAACUUGGUCACGCACAUUUUGCUUUGUUCGUGCUUGUGUGCUCAUGCAAAUGAUGGCAGGACACUAAAAGCCAACAACCUGAAUCAAAGGCGCACAUUAUUUCCGUGUAUUUUUUUUAAACGAGUGUGUGUGAACCUUGGGCAGUUUUUCAUGCACCAUUUGUAAGCUGCACAAUGCUUUGUUCUUUUUUUCACUGCCAAAACAUUUUGCUGGCAAGCACUGGGAAAGCAUUUUUAUUGAUGCCUUCUCCUGGCCAAGCAAAGCAUACUCAUGCAAAGAAAUGCUGUCCUCACUGGAGCACUGCAUGUACUUGGGCAAGACCAAUUUUCACUCACCUAACCAAAAAAUCAACAACAUACAAGUGUAGUGCACUUCACAGUUUGUUACUUAUGGUAUGCUCAAGCAGUUGACUGUCUGCACAAUGCCAUAUAUUUAAUAGGUAGUUUAUUGCCAUUAUUGACGGAAAUACUGCUUGCACAUCAAAAUAUUGUUUCUGGGUAGCAGAUAGGUGCAACUAGUUCAGCCGGCUGUGUGGCUGGUAUUCUUUUUAUCACAGUGUCAGUGAUGAACCUGUCAAAUACUACUGUUGCAACAUUUCAAGGGAAGCUGAAGUGGUUUUAGAUUUCAAUUAAACACUGUGGGUAACAAGGACCGACAUUAUCGUCGACGAUGUCAUUUUUUCAGCGGUUGUUGCAGCAGGAGCUUUAUGGUACGCAAAAGAAAAGUUUGUUUUGCUCUGCCCACGUAAGUGCGGUGCUAUUGUGGGCGUGGAAACAUACCCAUCAGAGCUACGUCAUCUUCAGUACCUUUGGCGGAGCCAUGCUGUACUCUGAAGGAAUGUUCCCGCUGCUCUCUGAUCUGAACUAACUGCUAGAGCGCUGUUUAUCUACCCUGGGCUCAAGUAAGUAUAGAGAUGUUGAAAGUUCUGCAGCUGUAUUACAAUAUCUGCCAUAACUACUAAAAGCCGAGCUCAGUGUGAACAAGCAUCUCUCAUAUCUUCAGCUGUGGCCUCCGUGACUAGUUCCGGCUGCGCACGUUGCCAGAGCUAAUCAAAGAGGCCACGCAUUAACAGUGCUGCUGUUGCAGAUGACGCGGCACACCGAAAAUGACGUCACCGCGUUUGCUCAGCAUCUCAAGUAGCCCUGCGGCUGCAGCCGCUGUUUUUUUAACCAGAAAACUGCUAUUUGCCUUCACUUUUGAGAACUCUCACAUCAGUUUUCGAAUUCAGCAGCGAUCAAACUGUGAUUACCUACUUCAAACUCGUUUUUAAAAAAAUGCUUCAACUUCCCUUUAAGGCGCCAAAGUUGAUAUCUUCAGUGAACUUUUAUUAAGUCACUAUCGCUUUAGCAACAUCACCACAUGUUUUAGCUACUAAAUGUGUUCAGAACGUGUUUGAGUUCACUUUGGUCCCAUGUGGUAUUUUUUUACCUGUAUUUUUUGCUUCUUUCUUUCACCCAGCAUGCUUCAUGCUCUGAGCUGAAGCACGUAAUUAGUGUCACAUUUGAUCAUUACUUGGUAACAUUGUUUUCACACCUUUUGCUGCAGAAUGUGUUUCCGUGCUUGAAUUGACCCAAUUAAUUGGCGAUAACUGUGUGACCACAGCUUGUAAAUCAGGCAAACACAAGGUUUCAUCACAUGUUGCUGGCAGCAUUCACGUGUCUUCAAUAUAAGCAGCACUUGCUAGUGUGUAUAUUUUGGUGAAUGUCAAAUACGUUUAACUUCUGAAAUAUUUAGUGUGUGCAAUUAAUUGUCAAGAUCAAUGUUUAAGAAUUGCUUUGUGCCUUUUUUGACAUGGUUUGAAAAGGUAAAGAGGGCACCAGAAUUGUCUGCUUUUUUUUUAGAGAGCUAAGCUUUAAACGUGCAUUCUUUAUCAAGCAGUGCUCGCAUUAGUCAUCGUUAAAACUUUUGGAAUAAUUUUUGGCAGCUGUGGUGCAUUUGGGAUGCUCUUCAAAAGUGUGGCACCCUGUGAUUAAAUACUGCAAUGAGUAAUGUACUCUUUUGCACCCUUUUCUUUGUCCUCUCACCAGAUGUGUGACCCUGUGGUGUGCUUUCAAUGAAGUUUGAAGCUUGUUGCUUGUUCUGCUUAUUUUGUGUCAUUUGAGCCUUUGAUGCUGGUAUUUCUCUGAGUAAGUCAGUUUUUAAGACACCCUUGCCGCAGUUGAAUGCAAAAUGCCACGUUUUUUAGAAUAAUCAUGUUUUGUAUUUUAGAUCCUAGAAUGUGCAGUGGGUAAACAAAAAACAUGUAGACCUUUAACUUGCAUCUAAUACUGGCUACAUGAUGCUAUCGUGUUUCCGAUCUGCAUACUAGUAUCUGCACAUUGCAGAUGCCAUUUUACGUUUGAUGCAACUUCAGUUUGCAUGUUGUGGGAUUAAAUGCUUGCUUUGCUCACUGCUGUAGCAAAGGUGUUCAUUCACUGUACAUAGCGUCAACUUGAGGAGUUCCUUAUGAUGUACAUUCUCAUGGUUGUAUUUUGAUUUUUAUGAAAGAGUUGGCUGUUGUGCAGGCUGCUACACGCUGCUAGCACAAUUACAUGUCAUAAUGUCUUCAUCCUACCUGAUUGUAUGCUGGCUCAUGCUGUGUUCUCUUUAAACAGAACCCCUUUUUUUAUGGCUGCAGUUACCUAUGCUUCCUCUUUCUUGUACAUAAACUGCCUUUUACUUUGAUUGCUUUCAAUGAGGUUGUCAUUCACUGCCCUCCCCAUGUCAUUAAGUUAAUCUGGUGUUAAUAAUAGCUUUGCUUGGAAUAAAACGUAUGCUGGAAUAAGAACUUAUUCCCAUUGCACAGCGAUCAUGUUUGCCUCUCGUAAUUUGCUUGUGUGACACACCCCGUGUGUUGUCUCUAGGAUUGGUUACUGAUGAAAUAAAACCAACUG